AAUUUGUUGUUACCCAUCCUCCGUGCUCGCGUCAUCAGUGGCAUGGACGGGAACACCAAUUGCAUGGCCACCGUUACAUUUUUGAGCGUCUCUGGAUUAUAACAGUUUUGCACAUUUGAAAUGUUUUGGACCGGCCUUUGACUCAAUCCCUCAUACGCUGCUCAUAUUUUCAAUAUUUAUUUCUGCAAGCAAACGGCUCCCUUUCGCCCUGCCGUGAGGAUUCCUACGUCAGCUAGCAAGUUUUGCUCCUGUAAACAAAAUGGCGGACAAUGAAGACGAUAAUAAUUCCGCGUCCAAAUCUGCAGCGGCGAAAAUGGGCAAUUCCGGCGCGAGCGGAUCUUUACCGCAACCUGAAACAACACAACCCGCGACCGAAAGGGGAAAUAUACAAGAGGACGCCAGCAAAACGCCGUCCGCCGCGGAAGGGGGCGUUGAUCAAGGCCUGGUCGAGCUGAUGCACACCGAGUCUGCAGUGGAUGUCCGAGUUGUGGAGGGGAACGUUACUCAGGAGGUGAUCGGGCAGAUCGUAAGCGGUGAGGUGAUUACCGACCCGAGCAUUAUCACGUCUUAUGUUCAGGCCACCGCAGAGGCCGGUGUGACCGCUGAAUGCGCCACUGUCAGCGGGGAAGUCUUAAACGCGCUCGCACCUACGACCACCAUCAUUUACGUGCAGCCUGACGGAAGCUUCGUGGAAAGUUCAGGAUUAUCUGCAGAGGAGCAGCAGCAGUUAAUCGAGCAACUGUCCAAACAGCAGUUGGUCCAUGUUGCGGGGACUGACAGCGCUGCCAAAACCUCCACCGCCCCGAUCGUGGACGUGCAGCAGGUUAUAGUGAGUAAAGCACAGAUGAUCGCCCAUGCCGAGCCGGUUGUGACCCAUUCGCCCACCCCGAAGAUCCUGCAGAGAGCUGCCGUCCCGGCGCAGCCCACCUCCUACAUUGCGCUGGACUCCAGUAAUUUACAGCUGGCGGCGACGAUUCAGUCGCAACCGGUCGGGAUCGUGCAGAACGCGUCGCAGCAGCUGCAGAGCGUCGCCAAACAGGUCGCGCUGCAGCAGUCGCAUAACGGAGCCCACACGACAACCCAGAAGGCACCCGAGCCCAUCCAAAUUCAAGUGCAGGCACCUCUGAAGCAAGACAAUAAACAACGGCAGACAACUCCAAUAACAAUUUUACAGCCACAGAAUCUGUCAACCAGUCAGCCACUGGUGAAGGUUUCAACCGUAGGAACGUUAAGCAGCCCGCAAAUCAUCCACAUCACGCCGGUGCCUGGCCAGCAGCAAUAUUUCUUACAAAACCCAAGCGAUCCCCCUAUUCAGCUUCUACUUCAGAAACCAGCUCCUGUCGUUAGCACCAUUUCUGUCCCCAUUAGUAAGGUACAUGUCUCACCACCACCGGCCACAGUCAAAAGUCCACCAGCAAAACCCCAAGUUGUUCCUACCCCAAAGAUCCUCGUUCCAUCACAGAAAGUUUUGUCUCCUCCUCCUCCUCCAGCCAAGAUAACAAUGCCCACCAAAGUCGUUACCGUAGAAACAAAAACUUCAACUCCGCCUGUUGCAGAGAAUGUCCAGAAAGUUAAGAAUCGCCAGAAGAAGCCUCUAAAAAUCCAGACACGCUCUGGUCGGGUGUCCAGACCACCGAAGCACAAGGUGAAGGAUUAUAAGUUUAUUAAAAAUGAGGACUUAGCUGAGAGCCACCAGUCGGAUUCAGACGACUACUCUGAGAUAAGUGUGGAGGAUGAGGAGGGAGAAGACCGCAAGAGGAAGACCUCGGAUGUUACACUCAACCUCCGUGACAAAGCCUUUAAAUGUGAUACCUGUGAGAAAUCGUACAUUGGAGUUGCUGGUUUGAGCAGACACUAUAAGCUAUAUCCCACACAUGACAAGAACCCAACACCGGUUCAAGCUGAAGACCUUUCUAAAACUAGAGAUGAACAACCUUCAGAAACUGAAGAAACAGAUAUUAUUCAUGUAAAAACAGUCAGUACUCAAAAGGUUCAAGAAUUUGGAAAGGUAGAACCCAGGAGACCAGGGCGGCCCAGGGGACCCGGACGGCCGGGUCAUCCUAGGAGGCCUGGACGGCCACCUAAAAGAGGACGACCUGGACGGCCACCCAAGUUCCCCAGAGGAAUGACCUUGGAGCAACAAGCACAAAGACAGAGAAACAGACUAAAAGAAUUUAUUAAGCAGUAUGAUGAUGAAGAUCUCAUGGAGAUUGUUCUUCCGCGUCUGGCCCGGGUCAUGACUGUCUGGGAGUUUGUGAUGAUGAAGGUGGAGAAGGGCUACCCGUCAAAGCAACAGUUCCCAAAUGUGUACCAUGAGUUUGAGGAACUUCACAGUCAGGUGAAGAAUAUGGCGCUGGAAUAUUUGCACACUUCACCCGCCUCUCGGCCAGCUAUAGAGGUCAACAACAUAGGAGUUUUACAGUCUCUGGGUAUAACAGAUCCCAACGCACUGAAACUCCUGACUUCUUCUGAAGGACAACAAAGUCAAAAGACAAAUCAAUUAGAGCCACGAGCAAAUCAGGCCACCAAGAGUCUACGGAGUAUUGAGAAUGCCAAAAUGCUGCCUCCUGCAAAAAGGUUUAAAAUAGAAAACCCUUCUGAAGAAACCAACGGCUAUCAGAUCAAUCAGAACGGCAUCCAGAAGGACGAGCCUGUUGACGACUCAGUACUGCUAAGGCCUCAGGUGGUGUUGACCAGACUGGAGAACCUGACGUCUGUAGAUCUGACUGCUGCAGAUGAAGCACAGAGCGCUGAAAACACUACUCCAACAAGGACAGAAGAAGAGCCUAUGGAGACAGAAGUGCCUUCUGCCGAUUCGGAUACUACAAAACCCACUGAAGAUCCAGAGAUCUCGAAGGUUUUGAAUAGCAGCACAACCGUCGAUAUCGCCGAUCAGGUGAAAGAGCUGGAGCAGGCUCUGAGCACAGACACUGAGCAUAAAAACUCAACUCAAGAACCAACACAGCAAGCGCUUGAAGAUGGCCAGGCAGAAGCCGUAGAAGAUCCUGAGGCCGGUCAGGUGGUGCAGCAGGAAUCUCCAGUCAUCAUCCAGACAGCCGAGGGGCUCGUCAUGCAGAGCGCAGAGGAGCUGGCCGCUAAAGGCAUCGUCAUAGUCAACGGUCCCGAUGGCACCAUGAUGCACAUCGAGGCGCCCGAAGGAGUUCCUUUAGAGACGGUUCACGCUCUACUGGGCAUUGAAACUGAGAGAAAGACUUAGCCACACCUUCACUUCCUGUUUUUGUCCAUUAUUGACACCAUGUAUACGUUCUGUCUGUGUUAUGGUGUUUUUUUUUCAAUGAACUUUUAUUGCAUUCUUUGUAAAUUUGUAUAAAAACAGUAUUAUUAUAU